GAACAGGUGUCCCGGGGCGUGGCAAACAACUUCAGUAGCACUAGAGAUGAUUUUGCCAUGGUGUCGCAGCAAAUGUUGGUAUAGGGACAGUAAUAUAAAAUUCCUUUCUGCCACUCACCGCAUUCUUUGGUUUCAUCAAUUGUUCUAAGUGAUUAGGAGUGAAUCGGCUCGGUGACCAACGUUUUGAGUAUGUCAGAUUCCACCAGUGGUCACGUGUGCAUUUGUUUAAGUAUAGGGAUUGGAAUUGAACUUUGUAUCAGUUACGUUUAAGGCUAGGGGAGGGCAAAGGAGAGAAUAGGAAGUGGAAAUUAGCAAUUUUGUGUGAGUUUAAAUAUAGUUUGAGUGCAACAUCCAUGUAGCUGUUGCCAAAAUAAGUUUCAACUGAGGGUUUGUUUAAGAAUACGGUUAAGAUUUACGCGCUCGGCGUAGCGUAGCGGUUUAUGGCACACCACGUAGACCACAGGUGAGCAGAACAAUUAUCCAAGACAUUUUCCACUUAAUUUCAAACUGAGUCUACAAACAAAAUACGAAAUGGAGGUCCAACGCAGAUUGAAGACAUUUCCGUGUUUGUAGUGCUGUCCCUAUGGUCGUUUAUAAAAACAGGAAUCGAGAAAGUGACAAACAUGUUUAACAUCAGCGUCCAUGAGCAGAGUGAAAACUCUGCUUCACAUUUACAGCUUCUGCAAGGCGGAGGCGCAUUGGAGCCUGGAUUCGAACCAAAAAACAAUAAUGGACAAGACUCCCACGUUAAGCGUUGUGAACAGACUAACGUAUUUGACCGCUUGUCAAGAGUUGGUGUGCGGGCAUUCUCUUCUGCUUAUGCUUCGGCACGAAGAUCAAGGUUGCAGAGACAGCCAGAGGUGUGCGAGACCAGCAGUAGCGAACCUCAGAGGCUGUUAGUGGACGCACCCGACAGAGCCUCGAUCACGCCCGCCAUGCGUAAAAGAUAUUUGAAGGAAUUAUUAUUGAGCAACUCGUCGGGUGGAUUUGCUAGUGUAGUGUCUUCAAACGGUUCCUGUGCAUCUCCAGGGGACUUUUACGAGGAGGAUGAAGUUUUGGUACUGAGCCCUAUGGAACACGAAUGGAUGUUGGAUGUUGUAGAUGGAAACUAUGAAACCAUCAUUAAAUAUCUUUCAGAGGAUUCUAGUCUACUAACCAGGAAGGAUUUUGUCAGUGGGUUUACAGUUUUACACUGGUUAGCCAAAAAUGGCCGAGAUGAGAUUUUGUUAAAGUUGUUGAGACAUGCUGAAAAGGAAGGGAUUUUUGUCGAUGUGAAUUUAAAGGGUAGUGGGGGGCUCACACCUCUCCAUGUAGCUGCAAUACAUAGUCAGUUUAUGGUAAUAAAAAUUCUAGUCGGUGCUUUCGGUGCCAAAAUCGAUGCCAUGGACUACAGUGGAAGGAGAGCAUGGCAAUACCUUAAGGGCAACGCCCCAAAGGAGAUGAGGGAACUUCUUGGUACUUGGGACGACGAGCACUUUAGUGUGGGUCACCUGAACACUAAUAACAACCGUACCUGCAGUUCCACGGUAUCCAAGUCAGAAUCAAUAGUGGACGAGAGAGACCAGCCAGUGUACUGUGAUCGGACGUGGAGGAAUGGCAGCUGGCGCGGGUCAUUAAAAAAUCUGUGGUCACCAUUUUUGACGCUUUUGAAUAAAAGUUAAUUAUUCAACUAUAUAAUCUCAUAUGCAAAAGUCGUUGUUGGCUGCAUCCUCCGAAGAUGGAGCAGGUCAUCAUGGCUUGAGCAGAGGUAGAUGUCUGUUGAUGGGAUUUUGGGCAAAACGAUUUUUGGCGAUUUCUGAUGGCCUGAUGUAUAUUUCCACGCAAAAUCAAUUUGUACGAUUUAAGCCUAGUUUGGAAUAUUUAGACAUGCGCUUUUUCACACACUAUGCUACAUUUGGUGAAUCAAUAUUAUUGUAUGUGAAGGAAUUGUUUGCUCCGUCUAACGAUCAUAUUUAGGCCAACAUCUUCAAAAUGUACGGUGUUAAAUGUUUUUCCCAUGAACAUAAAACCAUGGUUCUAUUAAUACAUAAAGGUUUGUGCUCUGUGAUUCACAGGGUCUAUACCGAUAUUUAAUUAUUGUAACAAGUGAAUGCUACAGAACUAAAUGUUAGGCUGUAUUUGGGAAUAAUCAUUAAAAUGUAAAGAAACACUUGUACUUAGGGUGUUAUUGGGCAUAUAUCUAACAUAACUUUUAUACACGUUGGUCCUCUGAAUUUAACUGCUUGCAUAACAUUUCGUUGAGUCUUUCCAAACGAGAUUUUAGAAAGGGCAGCCACUCAAUGUUUCUGGGAUAAUCUAAAUCACUUAUCUAAUGAUUUAAGUUCAUUUAGAUCUAAUGCAUGCACUUUAAAGGUUUUAAUGGACAAUGCAUUUGAAGAAAUUGGAGGGCACAAUACACCCUCUGGUGGUUGGGUAGUGACUAUUCAUCUCUUGAAAUGUAUUCCUUCCUGCGCCCCCCCCACACCACAAAAAAGCCCAAGUAGUCCAUAAAGCAGUUUUUCAAGCCAGGGAAAUUGUGCAUCAAAAUCAAUUUCAGAGAGUUAAUGAUUCACACGUUCUCACAUUAUCCCUUUGAUGGGAUUUUUUCCCCCCACUUGUUUGAAAGAACUACAUUGAAGUGCCAUUGUAUUGGGCACAAGCAUUACACUUGCCAUCAAGUAAAGGCACCAGGA